AUGUCUGGCAACGACUCAAACCUCAGUGAUGCUGAGAAGAUGCGACUGAAGCGUCUUGCCCGCCUUGGCGGUGCAGCCUCGCCUGCCCCCACGCCGCAACCUCCGGCGGCGGCACAGGAGGCAGCGUCGGCGGCUGAGACCCACACACCAGCUUCAGCAUCGUCGCGUCUCCUUUCUCAGCAUGCAUCGAGCUCACCAAGGCCCACCGCUCCUUCGCCAACCCCGGCUAGCACGUCAACCUCACCUCCUAAACGCCCUUCGCCGGCUCCAGCAGCCCCGACGCCGACUCCUGCCUUCAAGCGCAAAGUGAUCCCGUCCAAGCCUGUAGUGGCACCUCCAGCUCCUUCUCCAGUGUCCAUUGCCACUGCUGUUUCGCCUCCAUUGACAUACAAGGACUGGGAAGCAAGCAAGGUGGCUACGGUCUUUGGCGUAACUCUGGAGAAAUCAUUUGCAGCGGCGACCAACUGGAAGCAGGUCUGGCUCAAAGGACUGGCGGAAGAGAUUCGCGAGGAGAACCCAGAUGCACCUUCCUCGUUGAAAGUGUCGUUGGACCUUCGCGACCGCCUUCUCAUCGCCCGUCUUUCUCUGGACCCCGCCGCAAUGGCCACCUCCAGCGACCCUGAUCAGCUGCAAGUGCUGGCAGGCAUGCCCAAGGACGAGACUGUGUUCGAGUACCUCACUGGCUGCUGGAAACGUCUCUACGCGGCCAAUCGUGAAUUCGCUCGCUUUGCAUACAGCAAGGAGGAGAAGACCGAAUGGGCGUCUGCCUUUGCCGAACUGAAGAGGUUGAUCAUCUCUUACAGCGGCAUGACUCUGGAGGACCCUUCCAUGUUCCCUCAGCCCGCAGAUCGUCCGGUCGGCCCUGCCGAGUUCCUGCCGCUUCUCCUUGGUGUCAGUGGUGAAGUCUCUGGUAACGUUGACCCUUUGACCUCGUCCUCCGCCCCAGUUGCUCCCACCGUUCGUGGUGCUCUUGCUCCCGGGGACCUCCUUCCUUUCCUGAACGACCUCGCUGUGGGUUUCCAGGAAGGGUCUCUGGCGGACGUUAUCACUCCUACUCUGAGCCUCUUCUUCCAGGAGUGGUUCAAGAUUGUUCCCACCCCCGACUUGAUGGGCACGGAGUGGCGCAAAUACCUGGGUGCGGUGUCGCUCCUGGUCAAGAACAAGGCCAUCGCCGCUCUUCUCCCCUCGUUGCCCAUCUGGGUUGCGCCCGGUGUUACGGCUAGCAAGAUUGAGUGGCAGUCCCUUCUGGGACCUCUUACUCGUCUCAGCGUGUUCUCCCGCGAAUUCCCUCAAAUUGAAAAGACCUACUUCUCCAACCCCACGGAGAGGCGUACCGCGGACAUUGACGCCAACAAGGCCAACCUGCGGAACUCUCUCGAGGGCCUACAGUCCAUGCUGUUUGACAUUUACAACAGCAUCGUCCGUGCCUCGCCCGAGUCCCGUGAGGGUGUUCUCGACUUCAUUACUCUCAUUGCCAACUUGAAUGACAAACGUUCCGGCAUGAGAGUUCAGUACACAACCGUUUCGUCGGACGGCUUCAUGAUCAACCUGCAGUCCAUUCUCCUGAAGCUCUUCGAGCCUGUCAUGGACGUCCAGUUCUCAAAGAUCGAUAAGGUCGACCCCGAGUACUACCUCCACUCCAAGCGCAUCGACAUUGCCGAGGAGACGAAGAUCCGUGCUUCCAAGGAGGAAGUGGACGAGUAUUACGGCAGUGCGAUGGACGUCGACGCCAAACCCAACUUCAUCUCGGACAUCUUCUUCCUUCUGAACUCGAUUCAUCGUCUUGGACUGGUUAAGACCAUCGGUACACGAAAGGACAUGGAGAAGGGUCUCCAGGAGCUCGAGGAUGACUUGAAGAACCUCGAGGGCCGUCGCGCAGAGUGGAGCAGCAACCCUGCUACACUUGCUCAAGGCGAGGCUGCGGUCAAGAAACUGAAGGACGAUAUUGCCAGGCGCCAUGGCUUGCUCCACACCUUUGACACUCAGCUCCUUGACCCCAAGUUUACGAGGUUGACUGUGACGUUCGUUGGUUUCCUCAUGAACUGGCUGCUGCGCCUCGUCGACCCCAAGCACCAGCACCCACAGGUUCCUAUCACCCUUCCUCUUCCCGCAGAGGCACCCCAGCAGUUCAGGAUGCUUCCAGAGUUCCUGUUCGACAACAUUGUCGAGUACUACGACUUCCUUUCCCGUCAUGACUCGGACGCUCUGGAUAAUGCUGAUAAGGACAUCCUCAUCACGUUUGCCAUUACUUUCCUCACACCGGGCUAUGUCAACAACCCUUUCCUCAAAGCAAAGUUGGUCAGCACCAUGGCCAACGGCCUCUACCCCCAGGGUUACCACCGCCGCGGCCCCCUGUUUGACCGCUUGAGCGUUCACACUCUGUCGACCCAGCACCUUAUGCCAGCUCUUAUCCGCUUCUUCAUUGACGUCGAGAUAACCGGUGGUCACACACAGUUCUAUGACAAGUUCAACUUUAGGCGCGACAUGAGCAGGAUUAUCAAGUCCAUGUGGACCAACCCUCUGCAUCGUGAGGCGUUCGUCAAGUCGACUCGCGACGACUUCGAUCAAUUUGUCAAGUUUGUCAACAUGUUGAUGAGCGACACAACGUACCACCUCGAAGAGUCUUUGACCCACCUCACCAAGAUCAACCAAGUCCGCGCUCAAAAGGCCAAUGUGGACGGGUGGAAUGCCAUGGACGAGGCCGAGCGCAAGGAUGCGGAGAGCGAGCUCAAAUCGGCCGAGCGCUUUGCUGGCUUCCCCACGUCGAUGGGUCGCGACCACGCCGAGCUCAUCCGCGACAUUACAGCCACCACCAAGGAACCAUUCCUCACUGGCGAGAUCGUCGACCGCCUCGCUGCGUCUCUGGACGAAAACCUGACAAACCUUGUCGGCCCCAAGAUGCAGGAGCUCAAGCUCUCAGACCCCGAGCGCUUCUCAUUCAAGCCGAAGCCGCUCCUCGCCGCCAUUGCCCAGAUUUAUCUCAACCUCGGCACUGAACCGGCGUUUAUCCGCGCAGUCGCCAACGACGGUCGUAGCUACUCCAAAGAGCUGUUUGAGCGGUUCGGUCGCGUCCUCAAGCACCGCGCUAUCAUGACUGAGGCGGAGGCUGAUGCGAUCCUGGCGUUUGCUGAUCGCGUCGAGAAUGCCCGGGCCACCAUUGAGGAGGAGGAUGAGCGCGAGAUUCCCGACGAGUUCCUUGACCCUCUACUCGCUACCCUGAUGAAGGACCCUGUUAUCCUGCCCGUUUCGCGGGUGACAAUCGACCGCAGCACCAUUCGUGCGGUACUCCUGUCCAAGGAGCUGGACCCAUUCAACAACAUGCCUCUCAAGUACGAGGAUAUUCUUCCUGACGUCGAGCUCAAGGCGAGGAUCGAGGCCUGGGUGGCUGAGGGCACGCACGGCGGUGGCAAGGGACAAGACGCCGAGGCUAUUGAUGUGGACCAGUAG